CCUCGAGGGGUCAAUUGUAAAUGGACACCUCAUUGAGUUUAUUUUUUACCUAAUAAGAGAGGCGAAAACGCGUGUGAAGGGAAAAUAUCGCCAUGGCGAACUCCGACGCCGAUAAGCUCAUGAUCAAAGCCGAUAAAUUAACGAAACUCAGUUUUACCAGAUGGAAUGCUGAUUGGAAGACCGCUACCUCAUUGUACGAGCAAGCUGCUGUUGCCUACCGGUUCAGAAAAGACAAUGAGAAAGCAAAAGAAGCAUUUGAGAAGGCUUCAAAAGGACAAGAAAUGAUUUCCUCGCCAUGGGAUGCGGCCAAACAUAUGGAAUCUGCUGCUGGUUUAGCAAAGGAACUUGGACGCUGGAAUGAAGUUUCCGACUUCUACAGAAGAGCUUCUGAACUAUACAGAGAAUGCGGAAGAGCACAACCGGCUUCUGAUGCUCUUGCAAAGGGUGCUAGUGCUUUGGAAGAUGUGGCCCCAGACGAAGCUGUUCGACUGUAUACCGAAGCUUGUGAAAUUUUAGAAGAGGAUGGAAAGGAGCAAAUGGCUUUUGACUUGUACCGUACUGCCGCAAGUGUUUAUGUAAAACUUGAAAGGUAUACUGAUGCUGCUACUUUUCAUUUAAGAUUGGGUGUUGCUGCUGACAAAUGCAAUGCAGUCAACAGUCAGUGCAAGGCUUAUCUGAGUGCAAUCAUUAUUUACCUUUACGCACAUGACUUUCAGCAAGCCCAGAAGUGCUACAAUGACUGUUCUCAGAUUGAAGCCUUCCUUAAUAGUGACCAGAACGGUUGUGCAAUGAAGCUGCUCUCUGCUUACGAGGAAGGUGAUGCUGAAGAAAUUAAGCGUGUUGCUCACUCAAGUGCCAUCUCACAUCUUGAUCAUGUGAUAAUUAGGCUCGCGCGGAAACUUCCAACUGGCGAUCUGCAGGAAAUUAAGAAAGAGGCAGCUGACGACGCGGAACCAUUAGAUGAGAAUGACCUCACUUAAACCACCAAAAUAAUGUUCACCGAGUGAACCAAAUUGUUCGAUAUAUUCUUUUAAUUGUGAGUCCCAUCUGAUGCUGGGGAUAACAAGCGCAUGAAAAUCAUUUCGAAUUUCGUCGAACAGCUUGGAUGUAUUAAAAAAAACACUUCCACUUGUAUGUCUAGGCUUUGAUAUUUACUGCUGUAUACUUUGGAACUGCUGUGCGAAUCUGUAUAUUAUGUGAACCAUGAAGAGCUCGUUAUGCUUUAGCUUUAUUUAUUUACUUUUUUCACUUGGAA